AUGGCACAACGAGACACAAACUUAAAGAUAUUGUUUAUACUCUCUUUCAUAUUAAAUAAGAACGACUACAAAGCUGUGAAAAGAGUAUACGAUUUGACGAGAAAUGCGUCGCCAUUCAGAGGCAAUGACCGUGAUUCCGCAAGAGGUCUUCCGGAUUUGGAGACAUUUGAGAGCGUUCUGGGGAGAAAUUCCCACAACCACACAUCCGCUUUCUCGGCUGCACUAUGUCUGCACGACUCGUGUCUUCCAGAUACUUCUCGUAGAAGCAUAAAAGCGUAUGGAUUCGGAUAUACGGCAAUGACGGGUAUUGGGUUAGCCUACGGAAUUACACAAGCUGUUGGAGCAAGGACUAUCAAGACGCUAUUCCGUGCAGCCGAACAAACAACUAAUGCAAACUUACAAGCACCGGAUACAGAUUUCGAUACAAACGAUUUGGACCGGUUUGCUAGCAUCAGUGAUGACGAGCGCUCGACGCGGUCAAUUUUGCGUAGCCAUAUCCAACGGUACGUUCCCGUUCGAUUGAUACCACCAUUCGUGUCGGCCCUCAUUGCCUCCCAAACACUCCGACUAGUCAAAAAUCAGAAUACUCGGAACGUAAUAAUAGUGUUUUUGUUUGUUAAGGUGUUGGAGUUUGGGUUUAAGCUAUUGCAGGGCAUAAAGGUGAUCCCGCAAUUGCCGAAAUGGAUGGGGCCAUGGCUACUGUUUCCGCUAAGUUCAGCGCAGUUGAUAUAUGCGUAUUUGUACCAUCCCGAUACGUUUCAGGCAAGCUCAGCAUAUAGCCGUUUCAUAACCUCCCGCUCGAGCGCUUACCUACCACCUCUCCCACCGGAUCACAUCUCGCCUUACCCAUGGCCAUCAGAAUCCGAAAUCCUCUCCUCUCUUGCGACAUUGACUACAUUGAACUACCCUGUCUUUCUCUCUCCCAAAAUCAAUCGCGACGGUCCUGCCUUGCCCUCUAUAUUGCGUACGAUUCAGCCAGUAUUAGAGUCAGCUCACCCGGCGCACAAUCGAAUGGCGUGUGCCUUGAUGCAUCCGGAUGAACCAAGUUGUUGGCUUACUUUAUGGAAAUUUGUAAACAAAGAGUUUGCGAGUGCCUUAAAGUAUUCUGUUAUUAUAUUUUUGUUACCGUAUGUGCUAAAAAUCAACAAGAUUUGGGAAAGCCCAUGUCGGUUCUUUUACAAAUUUAUAUUGAACACGCUGCCCUCAGCUGCUCAGACUGCCACAUUCAUAUCAAAUUCAAUUGGAACGGCUUGGGCAAGCAUUUGCUUGUUUCAAUCGAUAUUUCCUAAUAAAUUCAUGCCAACGACAAGAAUCUGUCUUGGCGGUUUUCUUGGUGGCUUGUGGGUAUUGGUGGAGCCCAAAGAGCGUCAGCUUGCAAUUGGAAUGUACAGUCUCAGAUUAUCACUCGAGUCGUUGUGGAAAGUGUUGGUAAAGACCGGAAAAGUAAAGAACAUCAGAGACGGUGAUGUUUUUUUGUUCGCCUUUUCGACGGCAUGCCUAAUGUCAAUUUAUGAGCUACAACCAAAGUAUAUGUCUGCUUUGAUGAGAAAGCAGAUCGAGCUUCGAAUUAAACCGAGAGAAAAUCAAUCGGCGUUUGGUGUCGAUGAAGCAGAAAUGGAAGAAUGA